AUGUCGAUACGUGAUCGCUGGUUCCACAUCCCGACGUCCAAGCCGGGCCCAUUUUCAUCAUCCGAUGCCCCCGGCGGCGAGACGGGCGCCGCCAAGAGGCGCACCAGUAUCGACCUCGUCAAGCUCAAGUCGCCCACCCGCCUACUAGCCAAGACGCUGUCAUGGCGUCGCUCGUCAAACAGCAACGCCGGGCCUAGCCCGCUAAGCAGAGACGCGGGCGAGGGCCACGGCAAUGCUGAGAGUAGAAACAGGGAAGAGAAGGACUCUGGACGCGGCGUCGACUUUGAUAACGUCGCGAUGUCAGACAAGACCGGCAGCGGCAGUGCGGAAAAUGAGAACCAGAUCCCGGGCAGAUUCGACGAGGCCAACUACGACGAAUCACCCUCGGCAAACUACACCCUGACCUUUCCUGUCGAGGAAGAACAACCACAACAACCGCAACAACAAAGACAACAACAACAACAACAACAACAACGACCUCCGUCCCCGCCGUGCCCGCCGUCCCCCCAUCUCCCCGACACCAACCGCCACCACCAGCAGCUGCUAAACGCCUUCACCAUGACGUUUGGCCGCCUCCGGCACAAGUGCCACCACCACCACCAUUACCACGGCCAUGACAGCGACGAUGGCAAGAACAAGACCAAGACCAAGGACACUGGCGCAGGGAAUGUUGCUGCCGAGACAAAUGCAGAAGCAGAAGAACUAAAACCCGGGACGGGAACGGAAACGGAAACGGAAACGGCACGCGACGGCGAGCCGUUGCGGCCGUGCUGCCGCCCCCGCAGGUACAGCGCCCGCAGCAACGUCAGCCCGCGCAGCUCGCGGCCGAGCAGUCCCGACUUGUACUCCUCCUACUACCAGUCCCAGAGUCAGAGUCAGAGUCAGAGCAAGGAUGGUGAUGACGGCGGUGGUGGUGGUGAUGAUGAGGGAGAGGACAAGGAAGCAGAAGCGGGCGUUGCGAACCCCUGA